GGGCGGCGGCGGCGCGGGCGGGAGGAGGAGGAGCUCCCCGCGCGGGGCAGGGGCGGAGCGAGCGGCCGCGCAGUGGAGCCAAGUGAGUUCGCUCCGGAGCCCGCGCCGCCGCCGGCCCCGCAUCUCGGGCGCCCGCCGCCCCCGCCGCCGCCGCCCGCGCGGGGAUGUAGGAUGCAGGCGGGCACCAGGUUCCAGCGGCGGCGGCGGCAGCUGCAACAGCAGCAGCCCCGGCGGCGGCAGCCUCUCCUCUGGCCCAUGGACGCAGAGCCGCCGCCGCCGCCGCCCUGGGUCUGGAUGGUGCCGGGCUCGGCCGGGCUGUUCCGGCUCAGCGCGGGGGUCGCGGUUCCCCCGGUGCUGCUCGCCUCGGCCCCGCCGCCCGCUGCCGCGCUGCUCCCCGGUCUCCCGGGCUGGCCGGCCCCGAGCGAGCCGGUGCUCCCGCUGCUGCCGCUGCCCUCUGCGCCAGACCCCGCCGCCGCCGCCGCGCACCCCUUCCCCGCGCUCCACGGGCAGUGGCUGUUUGGUGGCCAUUCUCCGUCCCUAGGACUGCCCCCCUCUUCCACAGUGGAGCUGGUGCCCAUCUUCCCACAUCUCUGCCCUUCUGCUCUUGCAAAUCCUAUUGGGAAAAGUUGGAUAGAUAAAAGGAUUCCUAACUGUAAGAUCUUUUUUAAUAAUUCCUUUGCUCUGGACUCAACGUGGAUACAUCCUGAGGAGUCAAGAUUGUUCCAUGGGCAUGAAAAGCCUCAUUUGCUGGCAAAUCAAGUCGCUGUGUCUCUGUCCAGGCCGGGUCCUGCCUCCAGGCCACUCCCCACAGUGGUGUUAGCACCUCAGCCCAUCCCAGGUGGCUGCCAUAACAGCCUUAAGCCGACCAGCAGCCCCGCCAUCACCAUCGCCACCGCUGCUGCCGCUGCCAUGGUCUCCAUGGACCCUGAGAGCCUCCGGGGCCCGUCCCCCUCCAGUGUGCAGCCGCGCCACUUCCUGACCUUGGCUCCCAUCAAAAUACCCCUCCGGACGUCCCCCUUCUCAGAUACAAGGACAGAGCGGGGCCGAGUGGCCCACCCACCUGCCCUGAUGCUGCGGGCCCAGAAGAAGAGCCGGGCUGGGGACAAAGAAGACAAGGAACCUCCACCGAUGCUGGGGGGAGGAGACGACAGCACAGCCAGAGGCAACAGGCCAGUGGCCUCCACCCCAGUGCCCGGAUCCCCCUGGUGUGUGGUCUGGACGGGCGAUGACCGAGUUUUCUUCUUCAACCCAACGAUGCACCUGUCUGUCUGGGAGAAGCCCAUGGACCUGAAGGACCGCGGAGACCUCAACAGGAUCAUUGAGGACCCACCCCACAAACGCAAGCUGGAGGCACCAGCAACUGACAACAGCGAUGGGUCCAGUUCUGAAGACGGCAGGGAAGAUCCAGAUGUGAAAACCAAGAGGAACCGGACCGAAGGCUGCGGGAGUCCCAGGCCAGAGGAGGCAAAGAGAGAGGACAAAGGCACAAGGACGCCACCCCCACAGAUCCUCCUGCCCCUGGAGGAGCGCGUGACCCACUUCCGAGACAUGCUGCUGGAGAGAGGGGUAUCAGCAUUUUCUACCUGGGAGAAAGAAUUACACAAAAUCGUGUUUGACCCACGUUAUCUCCUGCUCAACUCUGAGGAACGAAAGCAGAUAUUUGAACAGUUUGUCAAGACAAGAAUAAAAGAAGAAUACAAGGAAAAGAAAAGUAAAUUGCUGCUAGCCAAAGAAGAAUUCAAGAAACUUCUAGAGGAAUCUAAAGUGUCUCCCAGGACCACAUUUAAGGAGUUUGCGGAGAAAUACGGCCGGGAUCAGAGGUUCCGACUUGUUCAAAAAAGAAAGGACCAGGAGCAUUUUUUCAACCAAUUCAUACUUAUUCUGAAGAAACGGGACAAGGAAAACAGACUAAGGCUGCGGAAAAUGAGAUGAGUUUGUGAAAAAUGCAAUAAGCCCGGGGGUUGGCCCUGGGCGUGCCGGGGGCGAGGAGGUCACGGUGGAGACAGACAUGGGCGUGGGGCGGCCGGCACCUGCACGACCCAGCGGGCACCGGCGCUGCGGGGUCUUCGUUCUCAGAGGAUUACUGUUUCAUAUUGAAGCUCUCUCUUUUGUACGUUCAGAGUUUGAUGCAUUUCUAAUCGUCAUGAUACGUCGAUCUCUUAAUUGUUUUAAUUAUGCAAAUUACUUGUAAUAUACACAAAUUAUCAAUCCACUGCAGGACUGUGGGGAAGUGGGAACAGGAGCCUCCGUAACCAUCUCAAGGCAUUUGUGUCAUCACCUGAGACGAUUAGCGAAAAUUUUCUGAAAAGCCUUUGUGAAUUACUUCGCUCCUCCGGGAUUCCCGCGGCGUUGAGGAAUUCCUUACUCUGUUCCUAGGUCUCAGUCUCGUUUCUGAGUAGCAGCAAUAGGGUUUUCAUCGUUCAUCAUAGUGACAACUGUGGGCAUCCCACGCCUGGACUGUGGAUCACUUACAGGUUUCCAAGGGUGGCCGCGUGUUCCUCCCAGAGGGGCGUCCUGGUCUGGAGCAGGGAGCCGUGCUGGUUGCCACAGGUCCUACUUCAAAAGAAUUAUUUUGUACAAAACCAUCAUAUUAAUAUUUGAGUUAUUUUUAUUGUAUGCCCAGAGUUUGCAUGAGAUUUUUUCUCAUCACCUUUGUAUAAAAAAUUUUUAAUUUUUUUUAAUCAAUAAAUAUUUUAAACCAG